AUGUCACUCGGCCGAGAUGAUGCGCACGAUGUCAAAUCUUUCCACAGCUACCUGCAAGAAUCGAGGUCCAUCAUCGCACUGGUUGGGGCCGGUCUAUCCGCCAGUUCCGGGUUGGCAGUUUUUACCGGAGCUGAUGGACUCUGGGAGAAUCAAGAUCCGUUCUCUCUCGCGACUCCAGAAGCCUUUCGCUCUGAUGCUGCUCGUGUAUGGCGGUUCUACGAUCGCCGACGGCACGAGGCACUACAGGCUCAACCCAACGCUGCUCACUUUGCCCUUGCAGAAGCAUCAAGGCAAUUGCCCGGAUUCAUCACCAUGAACCAGAAUAUUGAUGGCCUGAGCGAGAGAGCAGACCACCCAGGAUCGCAGUUGUUGGCUCUCCACGGAAGCCUGUUCGAGGUGCAAUGCACGAACACUCAAAGCUGUGAAUACUGGAGGGAGGAUUUUACAUAUUCGAUUGUCAGCAUGGACAGCCUGUCGGUGGAGAGAGAACAUACACCAACGCAGACCCAGGAUACCAUUUGUCCAGACCCAGAGAUCUCGCGUCCCGAUUGUCAGCUUCAGGGAUUGCCCAAUUGUCCAAGAUGCAACUCAAUCCUGAGACCUGGUGUUGUAUGGUUUGGUGAAAGAUUGAAAGACGAGGUGCUUCUAAGAAUACGACAUUCCUUCAGCCAGCCAGAGAAGAUCGACCUGAUGCUAGUGAUAGGAACUGCGGCACAGGUUAUGCCAGCAGCUGGAUACAUUGACGUGGCUCGCGCCCGAGGUGCUCGUCUCUGCUUUGUCAAUACAGAUAGAAAUACUGGGACAGGCGGAAAUUUGCAGAACGGCGACUGGUUCUUCGAAGGUGAUGCAGCAGUCAUAGUGCCAAUCUUGCUAGAGCCUGUAACAAGUCAGGGAUCACGGCCGCACAUUCCCAGCUAG